CCAACCACAGCUUGCGUCCCAUCAGUCCCCGGCCGACGACGAUAAUCUCAUUCGUCCGGCGAAGCUAUUAGUCUCUCGUCUCCUCUCUUUAAAAUCCCCAGUGAUCUAACUAUCAAUCACUAUGUCUCCGUCGUGAUCGAUCUUUCCUCAUCUGUAAAUUAUCCUUAAUAAUAAUCCGCAAAUCCUGGCCGUCCAUUUCAGAAUCUGAUGUUCCUGUCCUAAAUCUCAUUUUCGAUCUGGUCGGAUUAGCGGGAGGGUUGUUAGAAUCAAUGUGUAAGAGAGGUUGAGGAGAUAGUUGUUAGUUGACUUUUGAGAGUGAUGAUGCUGGAUCUCAAUCUCGACGUCGUGUCAACUCAGAUGGAUGAAUCGGUGACUUCGAACUCUUCUGUAGUCAAUGCCGAGGCGUCAAGCUGCAUCGACGGCGAAGAGGAGCUCUGCUCCACACGCGCCGCGGUCAAGUUUCAGUUUGAAAUACUGAAAGGAAGAGGUCGAGAAGAAGAAGAUAGAACGACUAAGGAGUUUUUUCCUGUUGCGCAAAGUUCGAGGAGCUCCGUUGAUAUCUCCUUCCAGAGAGGGACACAAGGCGGAGACUUUGUACAGCCACCACCAGCACAGCCGGUGAAGAAAAGCAGGAGAGGGCCUAGGUCUAAGAGUUCUCAGUACAGAGGGGUCACUUUCUAUAGGAGGACAGGCAGAUGGGAAUCUCAUAUCUGGGAUUGCGGUAAACAAGUUUAUUUAGGUGGAUUUGACACUGCUCAUGCUGCAGCUAGGGCGUACGAUCGAGCUGCUGUCAGGUUCAGGGGACUGGAGGCUGACAUUAAUUUCGUUAUCAGCGAUUAUGAAGAGGAUCUCAAGCAGAUGGCGCAUCUUUCCAAGGAGGAAGUUGUGCAAGUACUUCGGCGACAGAGCUCUGGUUUCUCCAGGAGCAAUUCAAGAUAUCAAGGAGUUUCUUUGCAGAAGAUUGGCGGGUGGAGGGGAACUCAAAUGAAGCAGUUCAAUGGAAACAUAGAUUAUUAUGAUGGCUCAUAUGAUUAUGGAAUCAGGACGGUUGCUUCCUUAAUCGAGCCUCAUGCAUCCCGGAUCAUUCCCGAGGCAGCUAACGUUAAGCUCGACCUCAGUUUGGGAAUCUCUCUUUCACUGGGAGAUGGUCCAAAGCAAAAAGAUAAGACCCCUAACAGUAUGAUGGAGAACCACAUGGCUGCAGCGACAUGUGAUAGUCCUUUCAAUUUGUUAAAGAGGGGUUCAGACCACCUUAUCAACCGCCAUGUCCUCCAUCCUUCUGCGUUCUUUUCACCCAUGGAAAGAACACCAGAGAAAGGUUUUAUGUCGCCUCCUCCUCAAAGCUUCCUAACCAGGACAUUGCAAGCGCAAGAUCAGUUCAGUGGUGUAACCGCCACAACAGCUAUUGCAUCGCCACUGUACUCAAAUGCAGCAUCAUCAGGAUUCUCACCCUCAGCUACACCCCCACCUUCUUCCUCCUCCACUGCUACUCUUCAUCCUUCUCAGCCCUUCCUCAAUCUGAAUAUACCCGGUCUCUAUGUCAUCCACCCAUCUGAUUCCCCAUCCCAGCAACACCACCCCCAUCUCAUGAACCGAUCACAACCACCACCACCAUAUAAGCGUACUUGUAACAUAGAGUGAAGACUAAUAACAAAACAGAAACCAAAAUCUAUAUUCUCAUAUCACUAUUAUGUCUCUGAAAUUAAUAUAAUGGAUAACCUUUGUUCAAACAAUGCAAUCUAUUUGUAUCAAGAUAAUGACAGAUGUUUCCCUUCUUGUAGACAAGAAAAUAUAUUAUUUUUUC